CCCCAGCCUCAGACCCCGACACAGACCCCGCCACCGCGCCUCUCCCACCCAGCCAUGGAGGCCAUUAAGAAGAAGAUGCAAAUGCUCAAACUGGACAAGGAAAAUGCCAUUGACCGAGCCGAGCAGGCCGAGUCAGAUAAGAAAGCUGCUGAGGAGAAGUGCAAGCAGCUGGAGGACGAGCUGACGCAUCUCCAGAAGAAAUUGAAGGGGACGGAGGACGAACUGGACAAAUACUCAGAGAACCUGAAGGACACACAAGAGAAGCUGGAGCUGACGGAGAAGAAGGCCUCGGACGCUGAAGGGGAUGUGGCAGCUCUCAAUCGACGCAUCCAGCUGGUUGAGGAGGAGUUGGACAGGGCUCAAGAGCGACUGGCCACAGCCCUGCAGAAGCUGGAGGAAGCAGAAAAGGCUGCCGAUGAGAGCGAGAGAGGAAUGAAGGUGAUAGAAAACCGGGCCAUGAAAGACGAGGAGAAGAUGGAGAUCCAGGAGCUGCAGCUCAAGGAGGCCAAGCACAUCGCCGAGGAGGCCGACCGCAAAUACGAGGAGGUAGCUCGUAAGCUGGUCAUCCUGGAGGGCGAGCUGGAGAGGGCAGAGGAGCGUGCGGAGGUGUCGGAACUAAAAUGUGGCGACCUGGAGGAAGAGCUCAAGAAUGUCACUAACAACCUGAAGUCGCUGGAGGCUGCCUCUGAAAAGUAUUCUGAAAAGGAGGAUAAGUAUGAAGAAGAAAUUAAACUCCUGUCUGACAAACUGAAAGAGGCCGAGACCCGUGCUGAAUUUGCAGAGAGAACAGUUGCCAAACUGGAAAAGACAAUUGAUGACCUGGAAGAAAAACUUGCCCAGGCCAAAGAAGAGAACGUGGGCUUACAUCAGACACUGGAUCAGACACUAAAUGAACUUAACUGUAUAUAACCAAAACCAGAAGAGUCUUGCUCCAACAGAAGCUCCAGACCUCCAUGUCUUUCUCUUCUCUUGUAAGAAGUUUCUUUUGUUACCGCAUCUGCGCAAAUUAUGAAUAUCUGACCAAAUAUUUUGUAUCAGAGAAGCUUUGAGCACCAGUUUAAUCUAAUCCCUUCCCUUUUCUUCCCAAAUGGCACCAGAUUUUUCAGCUCUAUUUUUAUUCUUAAAUUGCAUUUAUUUCUAAGCUGGGCAGGGUAUUUCUUACUGAACAUUAGACUUUUGAGACUGAAGGCAUUUGGUUCCCGGGAGAUUAGACAAACCCAUAUUUUAAAAGCACAGAUUCUAACAUCUAGUCACUGGUCAGUGUAAAAUGUUGGAGAACAGAACCUCUGGGCCACCAUUGCACACACGACAGGAGGCCAGGGACCAUCGCACUGAAAUGGGUGGAGGUUUUCCAUCUAGAGCAGAAAUAGGGGGGUUGGGCUGCUGUGGGGAGCCACAAGCCAGAGAUAGAUUAACCUAAGCAUUCCUUUUCCACACUCUUCCGUGCAGAACUCUGAACAGUCAGCAUGAGAAUGCUUGAGAAAUAGCCAUAACAAUUACUCUGCUAUGAGGCCAUCCACUCAGCAGGAAUGAAUAUGGUGGAAUUCAGUCCUGUUCAGGAAGCCAUGUCAAAAAAGACUGCUAGCCAUCAAUAAUUGAGCAAGUGCAUUUUUUAAUUAAAUAUUAGGCAGAAGGGGCCUCUCACAGCAGAGAUAAGUAACUGGCCCAACUUCAUCUCUUCUGUACUUUAGGGAGUGGUAAAUUUAAAGAUAUACUUCUCUAGGACUUUAAUGCCUUUAGUCAGGACCAAGUUAAUAAAAGACCAGGAGACUCCUGAUUCAACUGGAUAUGGAGUAUUUUAUAGACAGGGCUGCAUGUUUGGCUUUGUUGUAUUUUUGCUUUUUCAGUUAACAUCUCAGCUGAAACAUUCCAUAUUCCCCAGCAGUGUGGGGGGCAACUCAAGUUUACAAUUCUGACUAAAAAUCGCCCUGCUUCUAGCUUACCCAACUCCUCUGCCCCUCACUCCUAUUUAUUGCGCAUCACACUACCCAGGAGAUACACUAGCAAAUUGUGCAAUUGAAUAAAACCCACUUUUCAUUUAGAUUCUUGCGACUGUAUCAUAUGUAAUAGUAUCACUUUUUCUACAUUUUGGUCAAAUAAAUUUUUACAUAAACUACAAUUUGUG